AUGUUCAGCCUCGACUGGCUUCCCGACUGGCGGGGGCUUGUGCUCCCCUUCGCCUACCUGAUUGUCCUAACGGGCACCUUUAUGACUUUUUCCACCAUCUACCGCAAGAGGAAAUUUCAACAAAGCGCAAACCUCGCACCAUGGUUCGGUCCUCACCUCCAGCGCAACGUCUACCUGUCACUCCUCCACAUGGAGCCCGAGAACGGAUCAGAGAAGGCACCUAAAGUUCCCGAAAGCGUGCUGCGGGCGGCUCUCCUGCGCCGCGCCGUCGAAGACAUCCACCGCAUUAUCCAGAUUCGCGCCGCCAAGGCCGCCUGCAGCUCUCUUUUGCAGCGUGGAAGCAUUGGCGACGACCUGUGGCAAAGGUUCCAGCGCGCCGAGAAGGAGAUGGAGGAAGAGCUUCGUGAUGUUGUUAUGGAGGCCAACGCACUCGCUCCCAACUGGGGACAGAGCAUCUUUCAAACCGCCAACGAGAUUGCUGCCAACACCGUGCUACGCGAGCGCCUCGACGAGAUCCAGGCUCAAGUGGACCAGGAGAAGGAGUGGUGGGAGAAGCGCAGGGCGACCGUCAGGAGCGAGUUCAUGAAGGAACUGGAAGGAGAGGAGACCGGUACUGGCACCCCUCUUGACUCCAGCUCGGUCGCCUCAUCGCCGUCGAAGAAGAAGGGCAAGAACUAG